CCCGUCAAGCAAACUUCUCCGGUUCUCUCUUUCCCUCUUCCUUCCUGCCGGCCCCGGUUAUUUUGCCUCUCGUGGGCCUCGUGGAAGACACAUGUCGUCAGCUGGUGCAGCUGCUACCGGCUAAACCCGCGAUCGCGCGCGCAUCAGCGUUAAUAUACGGAUCCGCGAUCGUUGAGUCCGAUACCGUCGAGUUGCGUGCGCGCUUCUCGAGUUUUGCGAUCGUUUCUCAUGUAUAAAAGUGACACAACACGGUGACAGAGUGUUCACGGUGCAUUCAGUGCUAUUUCGAUCCGGCCGGCAGGAUGUGGUUGACAAGACUUCUCUGGAGCCUCUUCGUCGGCAUUGUACUCUUCGCUUCGUCACCCUGGCACUUCGCCGAUGGCUUCAACGUCGAGACAAAACACUAUGCGGUCUAUCGUAAGGAGCAGAAGUCCAUGUUCGGUUUCGCGGUGUCGGCGUAUCGUGACAAAUAUUCUCACGGAUGGGCGAUUGUGGGCGCACCGGAAGCCGAAACGCAACAGAACGGGGUCUAUCGGGGAGGCGCAGUCUACAGAUGUGACAUCGCGGUUGAUGACAGGUGCACCGUGAUCAACUUCGACGAUAAAGGACACAAUCACGUCAACGAUCCGGCGGCGAUUACCGGCUUGAGUCAGAUCGACAACAAGACGUUGCAAUGGUUCGGAGCUACAGUAUCGGCGUCGAGCAAGGACGGAGGUCCGAUUCUGGCAUGCGCGCCACGAUACAUAUGGUUCUCCUUGUCAACGCCGAAGAAGAGCUCCGAUACCAGCGGAGGCAAGGAAUCGACGGUGGGAAACAGAAGAGAACCGGUGGGCACGUGCUGGGUCGUCGCCAAUAACUUCAACGAACCCCAGGAAUACUCCCCUUGUCGAACGAGGUACUGGGGAUAUCACAGGCAGGGUUCUUGUCAGGCUGGCAUAGGAGCCGCAAUAGCCAAGAAUGGUGAAAGAAUCUUCGUAGGAGCACCGGGCAGUUGGUACUGGCAAGGUCAGAUAUACUCGAUCGCCACCGCGAUGAGGUUGAAGUUCGUGGCGACGAUGUUAGUCACCGAAGCGGACGCAUCAGGACAAGCGUUUUCGCAGCCCUUGAACAACCGCUCGAGAAUAAUGUACACCAAAGAAGGUCCCGCGCAAGAGGACGAUAGUUACCUGGGUUAUUCCGUCACGACAGGAGAUUUUGUCGGUAAUGGAGACAGUGGUACUGCGGUCGGAGUUCCGCGCGGUUCCGAUCUUCUAGGCAAGGUCAUACUAUUCACGUCGGACAUGUCGAAUCCGCGAAACAUCACUGGCGAGCAAAUGGGAGCCUACUUCGGUUACGCCGUGGCCGCCGGUGACAUAGACGGAGAUGGGUUGGAUGACCUGGUGGUCGGUGCACCUAUGUAUACAGUUCCGGACAACCCGGAAAUGACCAUCGAGACCGGAAGAAUCUACGUUUUCUAUCAGAGCACCGGUGCGGAGAAGUUCCGCAAGUUCGAUACACGAGACGGCGAAAGCAAUAGCGGACGUUUCGGUUUGUCACUGGCCUCACUGGGGGACAUCGACCGUGACGGUUACGGCGACUUCGCCGUCGGCGCGCCCUACGGUGGCCCGAACGGUCGCGGCGUUGUCUACAUCUAUCACGGAUCCCGCCCCGGAGUGCUGGAAAAGUACUCUCAGGUGAUUCACGCGGAAGAUCUGGACACUCCGGUGCAAACUUUCGGGUUUUCCGUGGCCGGUGGCCUCGAUCUCGACGGCAAUUCUUAUCCGGAUCUGGUGGUGGGUGCGUACGAGUCGGGAGCAGCGAUGUUCUUCAGAUCACGACCGGUAAUCAAGAUGGACUCUUCCGUGACCUUCGACUCCGAAUCCAAGCUGAUCUCCCUGGACAACAGAAACUGCACGCUUUCGGACACCACCAGAGUCACGUGUCUUCCGCUCAGGGCUUGCUUCGGAUACACAGGAGAAGGUGUUCUUCCGAGGCACAAUUUUAAUAUACAGUAUGUGCUCGAUGUGAAGAAGACGAAGAAUCCGAGAAUGUUCUUCUUGGAACAGGAGGGCAGGAACAUGAUGAAUCACACGAUCACGGUUGAACGCGAUCGACAGUUCUGUCGCACAGUUCAAGUUUACGUGACUCCUAACAUACGCGACAAGUUAACGUCGUUGGACGCCGAGAUGCGUAUGAGUCUGGAGGAAGAUCGGAUUCCGGACAAUCGUCGCCGUGAUCCUAGAAUUCAACUGAAACCAGUUCUCGGCACGACGACCUCCAAAAAGGACACUCUCUCCAUCAGGAAGAACUGCGGUCCCGACAACGUCUGCAUACCCGACCUGCAGCUUAGCGUGAGAUCCAACGUCGGCAAAUACUUGUUGGGUUCCGGCAAGAGGCUCGAACUCGAAGUUUUGGUGCAGAACUCGGGUGAGGAUGCGUUCGAAGCUACGUACAAUUUGCAGUUACCGGACGGUAUCGAUUACAUCAAGAUCGAGCGUAUCGAAACUCUGGAGAUUCCCGUUCAUUGUUCCGCGCCCAAACAAUCGAACAACAACACUUUGCGCUGCGACAUCGGAAAUCCACUGCCGCAGAACAAACUGGUGAAGUUCAAAGUGUUGCUUCAGCCUGUGACGUCUCACGGGAUGAAGCCCAUUUAUGAAUUGGACAUGAAUGUCAACACCACGAAUCCGGAAAAUCCCAUAACUACUCGCGACAACAGCUAUCAUCUGUCGCUGCCGAUCUGGAUAGAGACCGAUUUGCGCGUUGACGGCGAGAGCAAACCUAAAGAUCUCUACUACAAUCCUGAAAACUACACUUCCGCGAAUAUUACGACGGAGCUUGAAUUUGGGCCAGCGGUGACGCACAAUUAUACAAUUCGCAAUCAAGGGCCGUCAGACAUCGUCGAGGCCGAGGCGUUUCUUAUUUGGCCCGCGCAGACGUUGUCCGGGAAAGAACUGUUGUACUUGCUGGAACAACCGGAGACUUCGGGUCCGAUUGCUUGCGAGCCUGCCAACGCUAAUUAUCUCAGUUUGAAGCUGGAUCAGCGGAGAAGAGUACAUCUAAAUUAUCCCGACUAUUCUGGUGUGAUCUUGGACGAGUCGCAAUCGGGAAGAACGAUCAACGUUCAAAGAGGCUUCGAGGUGGACCGCAACAAAAUAAAUCACAGAGAAGAGACCGAGAUCAACAGUGGCGACAGCUCGAAUAUCCAAAAGUCGAGACACUCCUCGUCUUCUUCCUCUUCUUCGUCUUCGUCGAGCACGGUCAGUGAGACCCGAAGAAUUCAAUUGAAUCCAGCUGGAGACAAGCCCGACGUACUCACCACAACGUACACGCACAACUCUUCCGGAACCAGCUCGGUCAGUAGUGGAGACCUGCACGGCAAUCGCGGAGUUGUUUUCAACUCAGAAUCCGGUGGCAGCUACGGUUCUACGACUUUGGGCGGAGGAUUCCGCGGUACAAAAGAGGAAUCCCUCGGUUCGAGAUUACCAAAUCCCGAAGAGCCCUACGCGACUCGCGUAAAUCAUUCUGUUAGGGUGGAAAAUCGUUGGGACAGCGGAGUGAAAGAUGGACGUACGAUUUCACCUACGGGAAGAUACGACUCGGUUCUGACUGAGAGCGAGAGGCAAUAUCAGCUGAGGCAGCAAGAGGAGGCUCGUCAGAGAAAGUUGGAAGAAGAAGCGCAACGUAAACGGGAAGAGGAGCAACGUAUUUUCAAUCUGCAACGUCUUCGGGAAGAAGAAGAGCGACGUCGACAGGAGGAAUGGCGUCGAGCAGAAGAGGAACGACGAAGAGAAGAAGAAGAAAGACGUAGAAUAGAAGAAGAAGAAAGACGAAGACAAGAGGAACGACGUUUGCAAGAAGAAAGGGAAUACAAAUAUAACGAGGAAAGACGCUACGGUGCAUCAGCAGGUAGUCGGACCACGGAAGAUGGUUUCAUUACAGGUGAUCGCGAGGAGACAGUUGGAGGAAUUGGUUUCCGUGUGCACAAUGUAACGUCUACUCAGGAACUCGAACGAUUCUUCGGCACGUUAUCGAAGAACGCGACUGAUUAUCAGAUAUACAAUAGACAAGGACACCAGUAUGUGCAGUUUAAAGCGAGAUUCAGAACGUCUGCCGAUAGAAAGGAAUACAUAGAAUUCCAAGACGGUUCUAUGUUCCCUCUUCAGGAUCAUUACGGCAGACAGAGCUACGUCUCGGAAUCGACCGAGCCUCGCGAUAGCAGAUUUCUCAGAAUAGAAGGUCGGUUACUGAUCGCUCCGGAUGGUAAAGGCUAUAUUGUGCUCAAGGACGGUCGAAGAUUUCCUCUUCAAGGUUCCUUUACGUAUACCGAAGAGAGAACGUACACUCUGCGCGUUCCAAAUGACAGUUAUCAGGAUGGCAAUGCUAACGGUCAGAGAACUUAUGGUCAUUCCUGGCAGGAGGAAUCAUCCAGUCGCGGUGUAACUUCAGACGGAAGUUACGAAAGGAGAUAUAAUACACGUACGCACGAAGAGAGACGAACAGAGGAGAGAACAAGCAGGACUUACGGAAGAGAUCGGCUUGAUGACGAUUAUCUAACCGAAGGACCGGAUCCCAAUCUUCUGAGUUCCAGAUACAGACGUGAGAGCGACAUGGUCGACAUCAAGGAAUUCAAGAAGGCGUUCCAGCAGAACCACAGACAUAGACGAGACCUCGAGACGGAAGGUGACCUAACGAACGAAGCUACGUUUCAGAAUGACGACUAUUAUGAAAACGAUCUCGAAUCGGGAGAGCCAGUAGAACGACGAGAUCUCGAGACAAAUAGCGACCAAUUAAUGACCGAAACUAAGAUUCAAAAUGACGACUAUUACGAAAACGAUCGCGAAUCGCAAGAGCCGGUAGGACCGUGCAGCGCCGCGAAAUGCGUGACGUUGCGAUGCGUGCUGGGUCCACUUAAGAAGGACCAGGAGGUCUGGAUAGGCGCGAGAUAUCGCAUAAACGCUAGAACUUUGAAGGAAGUCGCGUUCAACGAGAAGAUCAAGGUGUCGACCAAGUUAGUGGCGCGUGUCACGAAGCAACCGUUCAUCGGCACGCCCGCCGAGAAGGUCACUAAAGACAGCGAAGUUUUCACGAACGUCGCGCCGAGCGCGCCGCCUUCCGCACCGGAUAUUAUUCCACUCUGGGUAGUGGUUCUGUCGGCUUGCGCGGGAAUGAUAAUUCUACUGCUGCUCAUCUAUCUUCUUCAUAAAUGCGGUUUCUUCAAGAGGAACAGGCCUACUGACGCUCCGGAGAGACAACCGCUGAACCGAAACGGUCAUUUCCAACAAGACGAGAAUCAUUGAGUGGCUUCCAUCUUCGUUCUUGUUUUGUUGAAGCUUACUCUGGCAAUAUCGCGGGGCGAAUCGCGUCACCGAGUUGAAGAUCCUCGGCUACGCGGCACCACGAAAAGUGCCUUCGAAUGAUUGAGAGAACGUACAUUGCGUGGACAUUCGCUUCAUGUAAUCGUGCGGACGCGGUCUCGACUUCUCUCUCGAAUAAUAUCUCAGUAACAGUUCGACAGUGCCUUAAUCUUCUGCGUCCGGACGAGACGAGCAUUUUGCUGGGAUUGCAUAGAAACGUUCGUUUCACUCGUAAUACUGCCACUAAAUAACGAAUACUCUUUCCAGCUCCUGCAGCUCGACCACGCAAGUUUCUAGUCAGGAGACGUUCUUCUUCUUUUUUUUUUUUUUUUUAUUACCUGUAAUUACUUAAGAGCCGCGCGUAUAGUCGGCAGAUACGAGCAAUUAUUUUGACAAUUGACGAAAUCUCGUAUCUCUGUACAUAUAAAUAUGUAUAUGUUACUUUUUGUUGUCUACGAUAUUAUUUACGUAUGAGAUCUGCGGUAAAGCGCAUUAAUGAGUAUCUCGUCGCUUCCGUUGUCUUUUUACAGUAGAAAAUAAAAUUUCUAAUUACGUAUUUUUCUAUUCGCGUUUGAUCAGCGUGAUCUCUGAAACGAGAUUAUAUCAUUCUGUCUGAGAUUAUUCGGUGUCUCGAAAACAUCACCGAGAAAUUGUCUCUCGAUUUUUCUUAAAGUAGCAACUACGAAAGUGCACGAGACUUUUUUCGAUUAUUUAUUAAAAAAAAAAAUUUUCUAUAUGUUAUAUAAUACAUAACGCGUACAAGCUUGAGCGCCGUAACAAUUGCGUGAUUUACACGCGCGCAACGUAUAAAUGUGUGUACAAUCUGUAAAUUAUUAAUUUUACUAAAACUGUAUCCAUACAAAACAUUGGUUUAAUGUAAUGAUAUUCAACUGAAAAAACAGUAGAUAGAAACAAGAGAUUAGAACUGAUUUGUGUACAUACAGCAUUAAGAGAAUAUUAAAAAAAUAUAUGUAAUAAUUAUAUAAUA